AUGCUCUUUGUCAUUCUCUUGACAAGUUACUAUCUCCAGUCCAAGAAGAUUCGGUACUUGCACGAGACUGUCGUUUCUAUAUUUCUUGGACUGAUUAUCGGCAUGGUGGUACAUUUUAACCCGAAGGGAACCCUAAAUGAUCUUGUCACCUUCGACCAUACCUACUUCUUCAAUCUAUUACUCCCUCCCAUCAUUCUGAAUUCGGGCUACGAUAUGAAGAGGAAACACUUCUUUCGAAAUAUUGGCUCCAUUUUGACGUUUGCUCUCAUUGGUACAGUCAUUUCGACCAUAGUCAUCGGGGUCCUCGUAAAAUUAGCGGUCAACUUUCUAGAGAUCACCCAUAUCCAUACGGCGUUGAACCUCACAAUGCUUGAUUGCAUUGUGUUUGGUGCAAUCCUGUCCUCAACAGACCCUGUCACCAUCUUGUCGAUCUUCCACCAAGCUAAGGUUGACCCAAAACUUUACGCGAUUAUUUUCGGCGAGAGUAUCUUGAAUGAUUCCGUCGCGAUCGUGCUCUUCAAGGUCCUUGGCAAAUACCGAGCCAGUCCUGAGAGCUUCAACAUUAUAGGGGGCAUCAUGUCUUUCCUUGCGAUUUUCACCGGAUCCGUGAUGGUUGGAGUCAUCGUCGCAUUGAUUGGCGCACUGAUGCUCAAGCACUCUCGCCUGCACGAAUACCCGUCGCUUGAAUCCUCGAUCAUUAUCCUUCUUGCAUAUUCCUCAUACCUCCUCUCGAACGCCGUGCAACUGUCAGGAAUCGUGUCCCUUCUAUUCUGUGGCAUCUGCUUGAGGCAUUACGGAUACAACAACAUGAGCAUACGCACGCGGAGAACGACAAAGUAUAUGUUCCGAGUGCUAUCUCAGCUCUGUGAGAACUUUGUCUUCAUCUACCUGGGAGUUACUGUCUUCACAAGUCUGAAGUCAAGUCUGAAGGACGAGGGCUACAGGCCAGGGCUCAUCUUCUUUACUCUGUUCAUCUGUCUAUUCGCACGGUACGUUUCGGUCAUCCCUCUUGCGAAAAUGAUCAAUGCCAUCAGCGCCAGACUAUCGGGAACACCAGGACGUGAAGAGAUUCCGCGAAAUCACCAACUCAUGCUGUGGUGGGCUGGACUACGGGGUGCCAUCGCUUUCGCCUUGUCCUUCGAAGUGAAGGCGGAGGGAUCAGAGAAUACGGAUAAGAUCAUUCAAACCACAACGUUGAUCAUAUGCAUCGUGACCGUCAUUCUUCUGGGAGGCACGACCAACAUGGCAUUGGAAAAGUUGGAGAUCAGAGUGGGAGUAGGGAAGAGUGAGGGGAACGACGGGAACGACUUCGACGAUGACGAAGAAGAUCCCGACACGGACUCGAGUGAGGGGGAGUCGGAGGAUUGGGAUGACGACCUGCCAGGUUCUCGCAGCAGUCUCUACGACGGCACCGCGGAGGACCAAAGGUCGUCAGCAGAGUCCCUAUUGGAGCGGAAUCGCAGUAUCCGCGUCGAAGUAGACGAUGAGAGCAGGCCAUCGAGAAGCGCAUGGGAUGAGGAUCUUGGACAUUGGUUCAUCUCCUUUGACAACAAAUGGCUAAAACCUUUGUUCACCCGCACACGAUGGAAGUGGGGUCGAAGCCGGGUUAGGCGGCCACAGAGUCCCGCACGAGGGGCGUGGAACGGCGACAGUGUGGGCAGGACUAUGGGGAAUAACAACAUUCGAGGGAGAAGCACCAGCUGCCUCUUCCUCCGCGAAUCGAUCGCCCGACAACGAGAGCUUUCGCGAUGUGAAUGGGAAUGUGUGGACCGCUGGCAACUGGGUCCCAAACAACGCGAGAGCUAG